AUGAAGAUCUCAGUUGCCGGACUCCUUGGCUUUGUGGCCAUCGCCAUGGCUAUUCCUGCUGCCCAGCCAGGAAGCGAUAGUCUCGUAGAAGAGCGAGCAUGUGGCUCCAAGUACAACUCUUGCAAUGCACCCCAUCAACCUCCCUGCUGUGCCGGUCUAUUCUGUGAUGGCGGUACCUGCCUCCCCUCUUAA